CACUGUCCCUUUUCUGUGCGUUCUAAAGAGAGAAAAACAGCUAGCAUGAGGGAGCUAACAAUGCACAUCAUGGGACACACCUAUUUUGACUAUAAAGCCCUCUAAAAAAAUGUUAUGUACAUGUUGUGAUCAUGCAGUAACAGGUACAUUCACGAUAAUAUGUAAUACUUACAGUAUUUUGCUAUAUUUUGAUCAUUUUAAACAUUACUUGAACGUAUUUCCUGGGCGCAUUGAUUUCACUUUGCCGAUAGAUAGGAACUAGCGCUACUUCCCUAAACAACAGAAAGCACAUGUCUGUUUUUUCUGCUAUUAAUCAUGGCAGACUUUGUGAGAGCAGACGGGGGGCAAGUCGUUACACCUGCAUGACUUGGUGGUGUAAAUGUGUAGCUUCCACCUACCCAAAAUAAACUGGAAAAGACACCCCAGGCCAGCUGGACCAGACGGACAACUCUCCAUCGACUGGAUCCAGAGAACACCGGUUUCAUCGCAGUGGAGAACUUCACCAGCCUGGUGGAGCACCAUGAGCUGCAGCUGGACCCGUCCAAACUGGACAUGCUGCUAGCGCUGGUCCAGAGCAAUGAAGAGGGCCAAGUGUGCUACCAGGAGCUCAUCGAGCUAAUGAGCAGCAAGCGCUCCAGCAGUUUCCGCCGAGCCAUUGCCAAUGGCCGCCGCACACUGCAGAGGGAGAUCCUGCUGGAUGAGACGGGCCUGGGCCUCUACAAACGCUUUGUCCGCUACGUGGCCUACGAGAUCCUGCCGUGCGAGACGGACCGGCGCUGGUACUUUCACCAGAACCGCCUGUGUCCCCCACCCGUCUUCAUCGCUGUCAUCACCAUCGUCCAGAUCAUUGUGUUCAUGUGCUAUGGCAUCAUGCUGAACAAGUGGGUGCUGCAGACCUACCAGCCAGACUUCAUGAAGAGCCCCCUGGUGUACCACCCGGGCCAUCGCGCUCAAGUGUGGCGCUUCUUCAGCUACAUGUUCAUGCACGUCGGGUUGGAGCAGUUGGGAUUCAAUGCUUUACUGCAGCUGAUGAUUGGCGUUCCUUUGGAGAUGGUCCAUGGCGUCUUACGAAUAAGUCUGCUUUACAUGGCGGGAGUGCUGGCUGGCUCACUGACAGUGUCCAUCACCGACAUGCGUGCUCCAGUGGUGGGGGGCUCCGGCGGGGUCUACGCUCUCUGCUCGGCGCAUCUGGCCAACGUCGUCAUGAACUGGGCUGGGAUGAAGUGUCCGUACAAGCUGCUCCGCAUGAUCCUGGCAUUAGUUUGCAUGAGCUCAGAGGUGGGCCGAGCCGUGUGGCUCCGCUUCUCCCCACCUCUGCCCUCCUCCGGGCCCCAGCCCAGCUUCAUGGCCCACCUGUCGGGUGCUGUGGUGGGCAUCAGCAUGGGGCUCCUCAUCUUACGCAGCUACGAGGAGAGUCUGCAAAAGCAGUGCUCCUGGUGGGUCAUCGUCUUCUCCUUCAUCACCUUCCUCCUCUUUGCAAUCUUUUGGAAUAUAUUCGCCUAUGAUCUGCUGGGCGUGCAGAUCCCACCUCCUCCCUGAUGAAGGACUUCAAGCAGGUUCUCCCUUUCAUUUCACCCAUCGGUUAGACCCCCAAUGAGAUGAAAUAAUUCACAACUCACUUGUUUUUGUACAGAUACUUUGCAAAAGGAAGUUAUGUCUCUUUUAUUAAAGAGGGUAGCAACAAGUACAAGCGCCUCAGAUUUGAGAAGCUUGUUUAUCUUUUUGGACACAGCGUGCUGAUACUGUCUCAACAUUCAGCUGCUGUGCUUCUUUAAAAGCUUUCAUUUCAUGACACGUGCCUCUGGUGAAAAAAAGAAGAGCCACAAACAAAAGCACAUUUAAUUUCUCUUACAAUUGGUAAGCGAUUCAAGCAUCUUCUUUUCCUUCUAUCAUCACAAUACCUGCUUAGAAUCAACACUGUGCAUACAGAAAACAUAGCAGCAACCAUUGUGGCAAAAUGUACAUUUGAGAUAUGGUGAUACGGUAACCAUGGCGACAGGGGAGGAAGGACAAGAAGGCCGACGGCGCUGGUGAGGUCAUCUUCAUUGAGUGGAAUCCACUUUUUGCAGUGUAAAUUAUGCCGCACACGUAUACAAAGGGAGCCGAGAAUAAUUCAUACCCUGGGCACAUUUUUUUGGUUCAAGUGACUUUUUAUUUAUGGAAUGGCUAUCUUCUGGCUGCAAAUGGUACAAUGGAAUGUGUAUUUUUAAUAGAAAAAAAAUGAACUAGAAUGUUACCAAUAUAUGUUACACCACCACCAGUAUUAUCAGUGUGUCAUUAUAAUAGACUUUGAGUAUUAUUUAUUUUAAUAUAUUGUUAUUAAAUAUUUUAUGUAUUAAAUAAGUAUCUCUUUUUAUUAUGUUCUUGAUUUUUAUAUAACGUGAUUAUUUUUUUAUAUUUACAAUAACGAUACAUUAUUUUACAACUACUAUUAUGUAUUAUAAUUAGACUAUGAUUAUAAAAUAUAUAUAUAUGGUAUUAAAUUAUAGUUUAUAGUUCCAUACCAUAUUAAUCAGUAACCAUUUUAAUCAGUAAUAUUACUUAAUUAAAACAUAUUGGUCCUUUUUUAAGUCAAGCAUUGAUUGCGUAUGUGUAUUUAAAAAAAAAAAUUAUUAAGUUGUCAGUAAAAAUAUUUGCAAUUUUAAAUGCUUAUUCCUAUUGUGACACAUUUGAGGAAAGGCUAAUUUGCACCAUUGCGCCUUUAAUAUUAGAAAAUGGGUUAUUCCUCGAGAAAGAGUGUGAAUCAUUUUGUGUAUUGAAAAAAGUUUUAAAAAGAGUUCUGCACGUAAAAUGUGUCCAGGGUAUGAAUCAUUUUGAGACCAAGCAGACACACGCACACACACGCAUACACUUACUUCUCUGUUUUGGCGCCAACAGACUGAUCUGGGGUGCAGGUCACAUGACCAGGCGUGGGCCACCAUCAGGCUCUCUCAGUCAAUACCUCAGCUUCUCCUUACAGACUGUGUACUUUUUUUGUAAAGGAAUGUAAGUAUAGAUGGACAAAAAAAAAAACAAGUAAGUUGCUGUUUUUCAUUUGAUAGUGGACAUGUGUACAGUAUAUUGUAUGUUCAUAACCAAGAGUCUAUUUAUUUCUGAAUUUCAAACGGUGCAAAAAGAACGCUAUGAUUGUUGUUCCUAAAUGGUUCAUGAGGUUCCUCACCACCAAUGACUUGAUCCAAUUUUAGUGCUUUACAAAAUAAGCCAUAGAAAGAACUGAGAAGCUGCAGAUGGGUAGCAGAUGGGUAGCAUUGUUAGCAUCAUAAGUACAACUGUGACAAAACUGUGCAGCAAGUACGUGUCUGUGAAACUUUUACUAUUUUUGUUUCAUACAUGUUGCUUACACCUGAAAGGGGAUUUGUUUUGCAGACACAUACACACACACACACACACACAGAGCCUCUCCUGCAGUGUCUGUGUGUAUAUACUGUAUAACAAAUUAAAUGGACACAGCUUUCUCUCUGUGAGGAUGGCGAUUGCAUUUGCUCCAAUUUUCACACUUUGGAUCGAUAAUUCAUUUGAACGGCUGAACAUUUUAUGCUUUUGCCAAUCGUCAUAAAUUACAUUCGUUUGCAGUCACUCCUGCAUGUCAUAGUAUCUAUUUGUUAAAAGUGAAGGGCAGACUAUUGAGAAAAUGAGGCAAAAAUCCAGCAUUAUGCUGGAUUAAUGGAUGGAACCCCCUUGUGUACGCCAUGAAAUGUUAUUGCUGAAGCUGGCGAGGAUACAGUAGAGCGAUGAAUAAUGCAUACAUACACUGGUAGCCUAUAAUGAAGAUAAAGAGGAUGCCUGAACGGAGGUUAAUGUGCCUCUUUAACUUUAGAAUCAUAGGGAUGUGUAAAAAGGGCUAGUUAAGUGGUUAGGGGUUUUUUUGUACUCACUCACUACUAAUAUCAAAAUGUUGUUGUUGUCCUGGGGAGCUUGCCUUUAUGGUCUGCAGGAAGGCAAAAAAGCUGGAAAAAAGGGAACACUUGAAUCAGCAGGGCUCUGUUAAAAAAAAAAAAAAAAAAAAAAGCAAUGCAAUGUGUAUGGCCUCCGUGUUCUGUAUGCACUCCCUACAAUUGGCUUGUUGAAACAUCAGGUGGAUAUCCUUCAGCGGGGGUUGGAUUCCGGUCUGGGGACCGGAUGGGGCCUCAUGUAGGUCUCAUACUAAUGAUGAUGCAGUUUGGAUCAUAUUUACAGCAGUUACAGAGUAUGUAAAAAAUAAAGUGAGUACACUCCUCACAUUUCAGCAACCAUGUUUUACAGGAUAUCUUCUUAAGGGGCAAUAGUACAGGAAUGCAAUGACAUGCUGUAAAGUAGUAAGUGUAGAGCCUCUAUAGCAGUAUAAUUCCUAUGGGUUGUUCUAAAACUACUAUGAAAGGCACGCUGGCAUACUCGUAAUGCAGAUAUACAGUCGUCUCUCGUUGUAUCACGGCUCAAAUAUUGCUCCCUCCCGAUAUCGCGUUUUUUCAGAAAAUAAUAAAUUAAUAAAUGGUCGCUGUUUCGUGGUUGAUUCUGGCCUAUUAUUAGUCAAAAAAUAUUGAAAGACAAGUUAUGUGUAGUAUUCUGGUCACUAGGGGUCAGGGAUGUUAUGAAACAUGACGUUAGAUCACAUUACCUUUCACACUGCAUGGAGACCGGUCACUGAGCCGGCAGAGACAACUGAGAUGCCAUGGCUGUGACGGACAUGCCAUGGCUGAGCUUGAAUGGUAAUGGUAAUGGUUUAAAUUUAUUUGAACAUGCAUACAAGUUACAGUGGGAAAUAAAAGUUCUCCUCUCAUUCAAUGUGGAAGUGGUAAGUUUUGGGCUUCUUUGCCGUACUUCCCCAAUCUGUUUGAAACACUUUCUUAAGUUUAAAAUAGGUAAAUUGGAGAGGCUAACUAGUUAGCUUGCUAUGCAAGCAGCGGCCGUCUGUUAUGUCCCUGCAGUGAUCCCGUAGCCUGCGCAAUUUGAUGUAAGAAAAAGAAUAACUGGAGUGUAAAAGUGACUAUUGGGGUGUUAUUUCAUGUCUACAGGGCUAUAAUAAUGUUAAAACUACGAAUGCUCAGAUCAGGGUUUUAUGCUGCCGAUAACGAUACCGAUCAUCUAUGAGUGAAAUCGGCCGAUACCGAUCAUAUAGAUUAUUUGUAAAUUUUUUAAUUUUCUGUUGGCUAUAUCAGGGGUCACCAACGUUUUUUUGAUGUGAGAGCUACUUUUACAAAAUGAAAAUGGCCAAGAGCUACUCAUUUUCAUAGCUUAUUUCAACCCAAACAAACCAAAUAUGCUUGUUUUACCAGAACAUUAACAAAAUGCUGAUAUCCACAACUUACAUUUUGUAUUUCAGAAUGCAUUUCAUUUAGGUGUUCUCACAUUAUUAACUGAAAACCUGAAUGAAAAGCAGGCUUGCAGGCACCUCAUGUGGUUGUGGGUGCUCCCUGGUGCCCGCGGCCACCACGUUGGUGACCCCUGGGCGAUAUGACAUGAAAGGGGAACCAUAACCCUAGGCAAUCCCGGUUUCAUCCAGUCCGACGAAUGUAGCCACUUUUCGGGCCACGACCUCCAAGCACCCCUAGUUACUGUAAAACCCGUAUUUAGAAAGUCAUAAAUAGGUUUUCUAUGCUCUAACUAUUGCAUUUAUUAAUAUUGAAUCCUACUAUACUAUUAAAUCCCUUAUCGCGGUCGGGUCGGGAACCAAUUAACCGCGAUAAACAUGGGACGACUGCAUUGAAAGUUUUAAAAUCAGUUUGCCCCGUAUUUUGCUUGAUGGCGGCCAUGUUUUCCAACCAAUCUUGCUCAAAUUUUACAGACAUGUGCUUGCCAAAUUUGGCAGCAAGUUGUGUAAGCACCCUAAAGUUACACGGAGUGUUUUGUAGAGCUGUGUGAGGACUUUAUACUUAAAGUUAAUCCAAUUUAUGGGGUUCAGCACAGGCAACACAGUAAGGGUGCAUGUUGUGACAAAUGUUCACCCUUUUGUGUGCAGCGGUUCAGGAGUUCAGGACUCCUGCACGCUCUUGACUCUGUGGCAAACCUUCAUAUGGAGAUUCUGUCGGCUGUUGAAAAUGCAAUGAAAUCAUCCAGAAAGGACAAGGAGCAGGAACUAUUCCAUUCCUUAUUAGGGGUACCAGUUGUUUUUCUCAUUAUGGCUUCCUAACUGGUCACUGGGUUGGCUUGGAGUUUGUGAUGAUGGCUUGGAUGUGUUCCCUUUAUUUGUUUCGAGCCAACUAGUUUAGGAAGCAUCGGGAAGUUAAUAGAGCCCCGGGUUGUGAUUGAAUCCCAUCCUGCGCUAGGCUGCAUGAUUUAUCAGCCCCAGUCACAUGACAACAUCCCUGCUGUCAGGAUGAUGCAUGGCUGCCGCUGAGAGGCCACAAACGCACCGCUAUCCUCCUUCAAUAAGUGGACCAGACAGACUGCAUGAUGUUCAUUUAAUUGAAUGGCAUAUUUUGUUCUGGAACGCUACCAUAACAAUAAUGAGGAGGAGGAGGAGGGGUGUCAGGAGCUGAAUAAUACACAUCCUCCCCUUUGUCGCUUCGCUCACGUUUGUGUAAGUCAAGGUCAGCAAGACCAUGCUGAACUUUGCUGAUUGAUGCUUUAAUCCUGCUUGAUUUAUUCAGGCUUUAGUCUGGAACACAUGCAGCAUAACUGACCUUUCUAAUAAUGUUGAGUGCCAUAUUGUUUACUGCCAAUCUUUCUGUGCCAAUCCAUCGUGCUGUUAAGAUCAAUGCCUUGUUAUGCUAAACACCGGCGAGCUUCUUCAUCAUCAUAACACUUAUUGUGUGCCAACCAACAGCCGAGUUGCCUUUGCUUGCUACUUGGAUAUAAGAAAUAUACUCUAAAAAACGACAUUAGUGGGCGCAGCAUUGGGAACCCCUGCACAAUCCAAUACAACGAUGGUAUUAACCCUGUAGAGGUCCUUGAAAUAUCCUCACUCAUUUGUCCCCAAUGACAAAAAAUGUCAGCCUCCCAAAAACUGCAUCAACAUAUUUAUUCUUAUUUUUUCCCACUUUAAAUGAGUCAAUAUUCUAAUGCUGAUUCAGCCUGAAAUACACUUAUCCAACAUUACAGUAAUUGUAUUUCUGCAUUUUUUUUUUAACUAAUUAGCCGUUACGGCCAUUAUGCUUACAAAUCCUCACUCAUUUGUCUCUGACAAAAAUGUCAUCUUCCCGGAAAUACCUGUACAUAUCAUAUAUAUUAUAUAUUUUUUAAUUUCACACUGAGUCAGUGUUUUAAACUUGCUUCUGCCUGAAAUAAACACAUUCCAUUUUUGCCAUAUUUUAACCCUUUAAAGCCAUUAUGUUUACAUAACUCUUAUUUUUAAAGCCAUACAUUUUAAAUCAAUGAAAUAGAUUUCAUUUUUAAUAUUUAUUUGAUAUUUAUUCGAUAUUUAUUUUUUAAAUUAUAAUUGUUAUUUUUGGGUUGUUUAUACAGUGGAAAGAAAAAAACCUCACAUUUGAGGUCCUGACGACAAAAAUGUCCACUUCCAAAAACUGCUAAAAAAUAUAUAUUACUAUUUUUUUUCCAUAUUUUAAAAAAGUUAAUCUUUGAAAAUGACUUCAGCCUGAAAUAAACGUAUCAAAUACAAAAUAUUUUGGGGGUUUUAACCCUUCAAAGGUCAUCAUGUUAAUAUGACUUUUUUGUGUUUGUUUGUGGUUUGGAGGGGUUAACCCCCCCCCCCAAAAAACUAAAAUCUUAACAUACACAUACACACCAUAAUCCAACAUCAAUAGUGACACACACUUACCAUGUCAAUAGCAAGGCACCC